AUCGGGCCGGCCCGAUCUGGCGUCUGCUCCUGAUCUGCAAGCUCGCUCGGCACCGAUCGCCGACAUUAGCCCGCUUCGAUCGUCAUCUGAUACCAGAUUCAGCGACCCACUGGCUGCGCUCCCUCCGCCAGCAGCACAUUCGCAUCGACCCGAUCGCCAUGGACAAAAAGUUUAUUCACUUCGGGCAGAUCGACCCGACGCAGCAGCUCGCUCAGCUGGAAGAGAAGGGCAUCAAUCUCGAUGAGCUGCUGGCAGACAACCCCAAGGACAUCAAGUCCUCGAGCGCCAACUACGAGCUGUCGGCCUCUGCGAUCAAAGCGCAGCAAGAGCAGCAGGCCAUCUUGGAUGAGUUCAACAAGAAGCGGCUCGCCCGGUCUCUGGCCGUCCCGACCGACGACGGCAGAGUGCGACAGCGGCUGAUCGAUCUCGACGAACCACAGACGCUCUUCGGAGAAGGGCCUGCAGAACGAAGAGAGCGUCUGCGCGAUCUCCUUGCGCAGAGGCUCCAUGACCAGUCAAUGGAUAUCGAUCAAGUUGGCACCGACGACGAAUCUGAUGAGGACGAGGACGAUGAUGACGAGGGCGAGGAGGUCGAGGAGUUCUUUACCUAUGGUAUACCCGAGCUCAUGGAGUGUCGAAAGAGCAUUGCUCACUAUUCGAUACCACGGGCAAAGGAGCGCCUCGCCGUCCAGCGAAGCGAGCUGGAGCUACCAAUUGCACAAAGAAAGAAGUACCGCGGAGAGUGGUAUGCGCAUCUCAAGACCUUUGCGACCUUCACCUCGCAGCUGGGGGACGACCGACCGCUGAGCUACUGCGUGUUUUCGCCCAACUCGCGCAUAUUGGCGACAGGAUCAUGGAGUGGCGUAAUCAAGCUCUGGGGCAUUCCGAGCUGCGAACACACCAUGACGCUCAAAGGUCAUCGCGAAAGAAUCAGCGGUAUCGCCUUCCAUCCCGGAGCGACCUUCUCUCAGUCCCGCUCGGAGUUGAAUGUUGUCAGUGGAGCCACUGAUGGAACCGUCAACCUGUGGUCACUCGACAGGGAAACCGCCAUAGCAAAGCUGGAGGGACAUAAAAUGAGAGUGGCCCGAGUGGCAAUCCAUCCAUCCGGGCGAUACAUUGCUACCUCGAGCUUUGAUCGCACUUGGCGCCUCUGGGAUUCCGAAACACAGAAAGAGCUGCUUCUGCAAGAAGGGCACUCGCGGGAAGUCUUUGGAAUCGGAUUUCAGUGCGAUGGUGCUUUGAUAGCCACAGGCGGCAUGGAUUCCAUUGGUCGAGUGUGGGAUCUGCGCACCGGCCGAUCCAUCAUGACACUGCAGGGACACAUCAAGUCGAUCUUGUCUCUGGACUGGUCCCCGAACGGAUACCAGAUCGCCACCGGCAGCGAGGACAACAGCAUUCGAAUCUGGGAUGUCCGCGCGGCAAAGUCCUCCUACAACAUCCCCGCCCAUCAGAAUAUUGUUACUCAGGUGCGAUACUGGAACGGCACCUCCAAUCGCUACCCUGACUGGGAAUUUGGCGGUCCAACCGAAGGCGAAAUGGACACAAGCGGCGAUGUCGACGAUGGCACGAGCUGGAUCGAGGAACAACGAUUCCGGAUCGUCAAUGGUUCGUUCUUGGUGUCGUCGUCGUACGAUGGAACUUGCAAGAUAUGGACCGAGGGCGACUGGAAGCCGAUCAAGGCCCUUGCCGGUCUCGAAGGCAAAGUGAUGAACUGCGACAUGUCCCCAGAUGGCCAAUUCUUGGCGACGGCAUCGUAUGACCGCACCUUCAAGCUGUAUGCCUCAGAGAGCAUCGCCGUGUAAAGCCAACGCCAAUAUACAGCCGCUGUUGCCAAGGCACCCAGCAUCGAGUCAAGAGC